AUGCUGGCAGAGGACAAGUACGCCACGCAUUCUGAAUCUUCGGCUAGAUGCACAUGUGAUGUUCCAUCUCAUAAUUACACCUACUCCUUCGAGCCUAAGCAUGACUGGACCAAUGUGUACGCCAGCUCCGCAGAAAUCAAGACCUAUUUUGCCGACUUUGCCCAAGAAUAUGGUCUGCACAAGUUUAUCAAGCUCUCCCAUAGGAUGCAGAUGGCCCGAUGGUCAGAAAAGGAUGGUCAAUGGCACGUCCAAGUGGAUAACUUAGCGACAGGCGAAACUAUCCAGAAUUCCUGCCAUAUUUUGAUCCACGCUUGUGGUUAUCUCAAUAAGCCAUCGUGGCCUGAAAUACCAGGAAUUGAUGAUUACAGAGGAAAAAAGCUUCAUAGUGCUGAUUAUGAUGAAACAAUAUCACUACAGGGCAAGGAGGUUAUCUUGAUAGGGAAUGGCUCGUCAGCGGCUCAAAUAUUACCAACGAUUCAACCUGUCGUAAAGCAUGUCAAGAUAUUCAUCAGAUCUCCAUUGUGGCUGCUGCCAGACAUAAGUUCCGACCAGCGCCCUUUCACGCCCGAAGAGAUUGAAAAGUUUGUCCAAAAUCCCAAUGCCACUAUAAAACUGCGCAAGCUAAACGAAACAACUAUGAACAGCAUAUUCAGCGUUUAUCUUCGAGACUCUGUUCUGCAAGCGCAAAGUAGGGAACUCUUGCAGUCGCAGAUGAAGAAAAUUCUAAACAACGAAUACUUGGAGGAAAAGUUGAUUCCUUCUUUUGCAGUUGGUUGUAAGAGAGUCGUCCCGUCUGGUUUCCGGUAUCUCAAAGCGCUUCUGAAGGAGAAUGUUACUAUUGUCCAUGGAGCUGUCGGAUCAUUUGUCGAGACAGGAUGCACCAGCGAAGAUGAUACUGUUCACCCAUCAGAGAUCAUCAUCUGCGCGACUGGUUUCGAUACCUCCUAUAUUCCCCGUUAUCCUAUCAUCGGACCCAACAACCGCAACAUGCAGGAAGAGUGGGCGAGCUCUCUUGAUUCGUAUAUGGGAGUCGCUGCCUCCGAGUUCCCAAACAUGUUCAUGUUUUUGGGCCCAUAUAGUCCCGUAUCCAAUGGACCGACGCUUGUAGCAAUAGCUAACGUCACGAAUCUCCCUAUUCCAGAGACACAAGCUGAUUACAUCCUCUCCUUCAUCGACCGCUACCAAACCGAGCCGAUCCACAGCCUCGCCCCCAAAGCCGCUGCCGUCGACGAGUUCAAAGCCCACGUCGCCACCUUCAUGGGCCGUGCGGUCUGGAGCGACGCCUGCCGAUCCUCGCAUAAUAACCAUACUGUCAACGGCCGCGUACCGACUACGUGGCCCGGCAGCACGCUCCACUACCUCGAGGCGAUGAGGGAACAACGGGCAGACGAUUGGAAGAUCGUGUACAAGGGGAACCGGUUCUCCUGGCUGGGAAAUGGGAUCAGUCAAACCGAAUGGGAUCCGACCAGCGAUCUGGCGUACUAUAUUCGGGACCGGGAUGAUGGACCGUGGGGGAGCAGAUGGAGGAAGACGGCGGAGAGAAGUCGAAGUGGGACCCAGCCGAGGAGAGAGUUGCACCGUCAGUUGAAGCUAGCGGCUAAGAAUGGUGCGGAGAAGAAUAUGGAGGAUGGAAGGAAGAAAACGGACGAGUCGGAGCAGAAUGGGACGAUACAUCAUAGGGAGACGGGCAGGGAUGGCCAUUCCUGGCCCCAUCGGGUACUGGCAGAGGACGCAUGA